CCCGCUGAGCGCUCCGCGGCUGCGCUGAUGGAGAGCUCGGAGCUGCAGCCGCAGAUCCGCGAUGUGUACGCGGCACCGGGCCGUGCCCAGCACGCCGCGGGAUCGGCGCGGAGGGGCAGCGGCUGCCGGGAGCUGAUGGUCCGGCUGAGCGAGGGGCAGUACGUGCUGUGCCGCUGGACAGACGGGCUCUACUACCUCGGCAAGAUCAAGAGGGUGAGCGGCUCCAAGCAGAGCUGCCUCGUCACCUUUGAGGAUAACUCCAAGUACUGGGUCCUCUGGAAGGACAUCCAGCAUGCCGGUGUCCCGGGAGAGGAGCCCAAGUGCAGCAUCUGCCUGGGGAAGAAGUCGGGCCCCAGGAACGAAAUCCUCAUCUGCGGGAAGUGCGGGCUGGGUUAUCACCAGCAGUGCCACAUCCCGGUGGCGAGCGGCGGCGAGGGCCCGCUGGGGACGCCGUGGUUCUGCCGCCGCUGCAUUUUCGCUCUGGCCGUGCGGAAAGGGGGUGCCCUGAAGAAAGGAGCCAUCGCCAGGACGCUGCAAGCCGUGAAGAUGGUGCUGUCCUACAACCCCGAGCUGCUGGAGUGGGACUCCCCACACCGCACCAACCAGCAGCAGUGCUACUGCUACUGCGGGGGCCCCGGAGAGUGGUACCUGAAGAUGCUGCAGUGCUACCGCUGCCGGCAGUGGUUCCACGAAGCCUGUACCCAGUGCCUCAGCGACCCCAUGAUGUUUGGGGACAGGUUCUAUGUGUUUUUCUGCUCUGUGUGCAACCAGGGACCAGAAUACAUCAAGCGCCUGCCCUUGAGAUGGGUGGACAUCGUUCAUCUGGCCCUCUACAACCUGGGUGUGCAGAGUAAGAAGAAGUACUUUGACUUCGAGGAGAUCUUGGCCUUCGUGAACCACCACUGGGACCCUCUGCAGCUCGGGAAGCUCACGGGCACCCCCAUCUCAGAGCGCGGCCCCCACCUCCUCAACGCCCUCAACAGCUACAAGAGCAGGUUUCUGUGUGGGAAGGAGAUAAAAAAGAAGAAAUGCAUCUUCCGCCUGCGGAUCCGCGUCCCCCCGAACCCCCCCAGCAAGGUGCUGCCGGAGAAAACCCCCGGCGAGGGCGAGAGCAGCUCCUGGGAGCUGAAGAAGGGGGGGAAAAGCAAAUAUGCCCAUAAGGACAGCCUCCUGCCGCGGCAGCUCCAGCAGCAGAAACGGCGAGCGCGGCGCAAGAGGGCCAAGUUCCUGCUGGAGGAUGCCAUUCCCAGCAGCGACUUCACCUCGGCCUGGAGCACCAACCACCACCUGGCCAGCAUCUUCGACUUCACGCUGGAUGAGAUCCAGAGCCUGAAGAGUGCCAGCUCAGGACAGACUUUCCUAUCGGAUGUGGACUCCACAGAUGCCACCAGCACCUCAGGCUCGGCCACCACGAGCCUCUCCUACGAGUCCAGCCGCAGGACCGUGGGCAGCCGCAAGCGCAAACUGGCGGUGCCAGCCUACGCCUCGGGGGCCAAGAGGAGAGGGGGCGAGCUGGCCCGGGCCACCCCCGAGGGCAGCGAGGCAGCGGCCGGCCCCGACCGCCCCGACGACGGCAUCGACAGCCACACCUUCGAGAGCAUCAGCGAGGACGAUUCCUCGCUGUCCCACCUCAAGUCCUCCAUCAGCAGCUACUUCGGGGCCGCGGGCCGGCUGGUGUGCGGGGAGAAGUACCAGGUGCUGGCACGGCGGGUGACGCUGGAGGGGAAGGUGCAGUACCUGGUGGAGUGGGAAGGCACCACCCCCUACUGAGCCCCGCCAGCCCCGGAGCCUCUCCCGGAGCCAAAGCAGAGGAGAGGGAAGCUGGGGAAGCCCGUGGGGCAGAGGAGAGGUGCUGGUGCCUCCCCCCGGCAGUCCCGGCGGGUGGAGGCAGCGCCCAGGCCGGCAGCGCUGCCCAGGAGUGAAACCUGAAGCCCUGACACUCUGGUUUUUUAAUGUUAACAGUUUUUAAUUCCUUGGCUGUGUUUAUGCAGUGAUGGAGCCUGGGGGUGCUCAGAGCAAUGAGCACCUUCCAGGAGGGUUCCCCUGGCACAGCUGGAGCAGCUGCUUGGGGGGAACCCCACACCCUGCUCCCAGCCCGGCUCAUCCCGGUGUCCCAGCCUGGCUGAGCAGCCUCGAGGGGCUCCUGCUGCCAAAACACCAACCCCUCCUCAUCCCUGGGCUCGUCCCUGUGCCCACGGCAGCUCUUGGGGUUUCCCACCUCAUCCCGAAGAAGAAGAUCCUGAAUCAAUCAAUUAAAGGAAUGUGGUUUGUUUUAUAUGAGAUGAAAAUGCUCCCAAAGGAGCCCACACGUGGCUGUUGCAGCUAUGGGACAGAUGUGCUCUCACCCCACAACCUGGACUGUGUGUGGUGCUGCACCAGCUUCAUUUCCCUGUUCUGACAAUCAUGAUCUUGGAAGAGAUCGUCCAAAAAAUCCUCCUUUGCCUUAAAACCACCAUGGGCACUUCACAGACUGGAGCCCAAGGCCUUUGUUUCUACAGGAAUCUUCAUCCCAAAUGUGCCAAACCAGCAGACAAACCAAAAAAGGCUGAAGAGGGCAGUGGGGGCAGGGGGAAGGGGCUGUACCAGGGUCCCUGUGGCCACCCCUGUGACCUCGUGGCUGUGCCUCUCUCGUGGUGAUGUUUGUGAGCACUGGGCUUGACUUGUCUGCAGGAGAGGAGGAGCAGCCCCCUCCUUUAACAAAGCAAUACUGCCAGCUUGGGCAGGAGCAGAGCAGUUUUUAAAAAAGAUUCCAAUAUCAGAUAGAGGUGUUAGAUUUUUUUCUUUUAGAGAGAGAGAUAUAUAUUUUAAAUGUCCUCCUCAUCUCUCUCCCAUCCCACUGUGGCUGUCCCAUGGGAUGGGUGGGCCAUGCUGGGCUGUGGGGUCCUGUCCAGCAGCAGACCCUGUCCUGCCCUACCUGUGCUUGUGGGAUCUCAUCUGCAGCAGAGUGUCCCUGUCCUUUUGGGAGAGGAGCUGCCAGGUCCCCCCAUCCCUGGCAGAGAGGGAUCCAGCAGCUGCAGAACUCCCUGUCCUGCCUUAGCUUUGUCCUUGAGGGAUCUCUUCAAAUAUUUCCCUUUCUCAGUGCCUAUGGAGCCCUUCCAAGGGGCUGCCAAGAGCUGUGCCAGGGCUGGGCAGGGCAGUGCCUGUGGGCUGUGCCAAUGCACAUCACACUUGUGGAAGCACCCACAGGAUGUGGCCCUGGCUCCUCUCUGCUCCCUCUCUGUCCCCUCUCCUCCUCUCCUGGCUUCUUGCAGAGAAUUGAAUGUGGAGCCUCUAAAAGUAUUUUUGUUGCAGAGUAUAUUUUGCAUUCGCUGUAAUAGAGAUUAUAACAACUCUGUGCACCUUCUGAUUUCUGAGUUCAGGUUGCUGCUUGUAAGCAACUCUUGUUAUACCCAAGUUGUAAUUAAUAUGUCUGAUGUACAAUUAAAAAGUGGGGUUUUUUCAAAGUCA